AUGGCAGGCAUCCAGGCGCUUGCAGGCACCGCAGAUGCGGGCCUGCAAGAGGGCUUUGAAAGGGUCCUGAAGUCGAUCAGGCAGGCCCAUCUGGAGGGGCUGCAGCAGUUGGCAAGCGCAUCCCGUGGAGCUCGCAGGGCGCCCGCGAGCCCUGCGCCCGCGAGUCGAUCGAUCACGAACGAGGCCCGCCCCCCAGCUGGUGGUGUAUCAAGGAAACUGAGGGAAGCGAGAGAGGAGCUGGCCACCUACCUCUUUGGAGACAAGGUACCUUACGGCCUCCUCUGCAAAGACUGCAGCUCCCCUGCAAUCUUGGCUCGGCGUGGGGGCAAGCAAGGGGGCAGUUUUGAGUGCUUUUGCAAGAAGCAUUACGAGCGCAAGAAUCCUGGCAAUCCUGGCGGCUUCGAGUUGGAGAAAACCCGAGCAGAGUGGGCACGUGUUCGCGAAGUGCGCAAGGUGAAGAGAGAGCUGGCGCAGGCGCUUGAGGAGGACGCAGCGCUGAGGAGGGAAUAUGCAUGCGAUGGAUGCCUGCGUGAUUGUUCGUGCUGGGACGCAACCCCCAAGAGCAGGAACCUCAUUGCAAAGCUUCUUCUGAUCGGCGGCAUUGAAAGCAAUCCCGGGUGGCCAGCGUCCCGGUCACAGCGGAACGAGAACAAGGACGGACCUGCAUCCAAUGCCAGCCGUCGUCGUCCGCUUGUGACUCUGCCCUCUCGAGAGGACGUUGCACGGAGCUGGCAGCCUGCACCAGCUCUGCACGUUGUUCAGCGUGAUGUCGAGGUCUUUGAGGAGUGGCGGAAUUAUGCAAAGCUUUACGAGCAGGUGGACCCCAGCCGUGCGACCUUGGAGGGAGGCAUCACCUCAGAACGAAGUGAUCGAGUGGCCCCCGAGGCCAUCAAAACGCUCGAGAUCGCGGCGGAGGUGCCAAAUGUGGCUGAUGCAUCUGACGAGGAGGAGCUUCAUCAUCAGGACAUGAUAGAAGAGGGCAUUUUGAAUGCCCAAGUGGAAGUCAGCAGAGCAGACGCAGAGGACCGGCUGUCUAUAUCGAGAGGGACACCCGGCACUGCACUCAAGACCAUCUGCGGCGCCACAGCAGAGGAAAGCUGCGCCAGCCAGCGGUCGGCAACGAGCGCGGCCAGCGAGUCCGCUCUGCGCAAGCGGCGGGUGUUCGAUGGGGCAGCCCGCUCUCCACAAAGUAGGCGGCGGCGCCGCCGGGUGCUGAGCUCAUCCUCGGAGUCCUCCGGUGAGAAUGGCAGCGUCUCCGCGCGGCAGAGCGAUGUGGCUGGGCUGGACGAGGAGGUGCAGCAGCUGGGGCCCAAUGAGUUGGUGCCUGACGCCAGCGCCAGCUCCGACGAGCCGCUGGAGCUUGAAGACGAUGGCUGCUUCGAAGACUCAGAUUUUGGGGAGCAGUUCACGACUCAGUGCGUGAUCGAGCCACGUCCGCGGCGAGCGAGCGUUGGUCAGGUGAGCGCCGUUUUUUGUGGAUAUGUUGCUGGAGUCGGGGCCAUCUGCGGGUGUGUAGUCUGGCCAGCUAGGCUGUCGAAACACAAGUUGGACAACCAUCCCUGCCAUUAAGAAGCAACUGGCAGGCAUUCGAAUCCAAUGAGGGACCACACCUCGUCAAUGAUUUUUAGGAACCCUCCUAUCUCGCUAGAGAGCGACUUCUGCAAGGUGUGGUCCAUGCUCAAGUCCAGCCGUCGGAAAGUUGGACCUGCAAUCGGGGCUAUUUAGAUGCAGCUGGCGGGCACUCUUAGAAUUGGACCACACCUUGUCAAUGACUCUUUAGGAACCCUCCCG